AUGGCGGAAUCUAAUAACCUUAACCACUCACAGCGAAGACGGUCAGCGCGAUUGAGUUCUCCUCCUCAGGCUAACGCAAAAGCUGACAACAAAAUGGCGCUGCCCUCUGUUGCUGUUAAACGCUCCAUCACUGUGAGGAAAAUAGCACCCAGAAAAACUGUCGCACCGUCGGAACACAACAAGGAGAACACGCCAAGACGUUCGGGGUCAGAAGGCAUCCAGCAGAAGAAGCCAAAUGUCUCCACCCCAGGUCCUGUACCAGGCCGUCGGGAUUCCUCCUCGGCCAAGAAGAGGACGAAGGCCACUAUGCCCUCACCGAUCCUCCCCUCUUCACCGCCGCCCCUUUCUCGCCCCCAGCAGACGGCCCUGGACCCAGAGGAUGCGGUGUGGUCGCAGAAAGUGCGCCGGUCCUACAGCAGGCUCAGCGACAAGUCUCUCAACAGCCCUGACUCCCGUGAGACCUUGUUCGGCUUUGAAAAGCUGAAAACCCCCGAGGUGGUCCGGAGAGUCGGGCAAUCCAAGACAGGUCUGGAGGUUUCUGGACCCUUGUCUGGUCUGAACUCAUUCACGUCUUUGCUCGAGGCGGAUGACUGUGGAUCAGCUUUCCCCGAACCGGACACGAACAUCCCCGGAGUGGCUGUGGUGAAGGAGAAGAGGAGGAGGAAGAAGGUCCAGCAGAUAGACGAAACAGAGCUGGACGCAAUGGCUGCAGAGAUGAACGCUGAGUUUGAGGCGGCAGAGGUGUUUGAGCUGGUCGUGGAGUAAACAAACUGCCGCGACUGACAGACGUUGAAAGACUAUAUAGCAUGUUGAGUUUAUCCCCUGACAUGCUGAUAGACACAAACAAUGGGAAGAUAAUACUUACCUGUGUGUUUCAUACUCAAAGCAUUCGUGUUUUUGUAUAUUUCCAGCUCUAUUGUACAUUUUUAUUCUUUGAAAUUCGUAAAUGCUCUUAAUGUGGUUGUUUAGAUUAUUAUGUGGUGGUAUAACAUAGUAUGGUCACAUCUGAUUUGUUUUGAUUUCAAAAUGACCAAUAGUUAAACAAGUCAAGCCCAAAGCAUGUUCUUUAUUUUGGUUGUUAUCGAAACUUUUCUGCAGAUAUUCUUUCUUGUGAUCAUUCAUCUCAUGCAUCUCAUCUUUAAAGAUUCAGCUUGACAAAACUGCAUUCAUUAAGUUUGUUUUUUCAAGGUUUUUUGACUGUUCCAAUCAACUUUAAGCACAAACUGUUUGAUUGUGCUCUUGAGACAUCGAAGCAAAACAUGUGCCACUUAUGGAUUGUAAUUACAUGUGGAAAUUAGUUUGUAAAACAUUAUUUGUGGAUGUGAAAGCAAUAGGUGGGGAUUAUUUUCAAUCAGGAGAAAACUGACGAGACGCGAUUGGCAUUUUGUGUUUCUUCAUUGCUCAUUGUAUUUGACUCAUUGAAAAGCAACGGAAAAGUGGGCAGCAGUUCAGAGGUCUGUAACCACUCUUUAAUAAUGUUUUACAUCUACAUUUAAUUGUCAGAAACUUUCAGGAUAAGACUGUAAAGCAGCACCUGUGUUGUUCCUUGACUGCUCACUUUAAGCUACAUCUGUCCCGUUUUAAACAUAAAAGAGAAUCUAUUUUUUAUCUUUCACUUGCUUGUAAAUGUAAAUAAACACGAAGAAAUGCUA